CCUCUUCGUACCAAUCCUUUUCAUAAAUUGUGAAGGUCACUAACUGUGAGAAGGAAACGCACCAUACAGCUGGGACCACAAUGAAAGCCUCCUUUUUCUACCUCGGAUUGAUGGCCGCCUUAGCCUCGGCACAGGAUACUUGUAUUUCAAGCACAAAUACUUUUACAUUGAAAGUGAAUUUGUUUGCUGGAGAACUCGGGUACUUCACCGUGGAAGAAUGCGGCGACACCCCUAAUCCAACUCUCGGUAUCGAGAUCGGACAGACUUAUACUUUUAGCCAGGCAGACCGAUCCAAUUACUACCAUCCAGUGGGGUUUUCGUAUGAGCCCGACGGAGCUCAUGCGAACAAGGACGAACUUGAGCCCGGAGUAUCCCGUGGAACUUCUGGAUGCGAUACAACCUUGACGUGCCCAGCCCCCAUGUACUUCGUCAAUGGAACUUACGUCGGCGAAUACAGUAACAUUGAGCAAGUCAAGGAGCUCACAGGAGGAGAGAACUUUGGACUCGACGAUUAUGAGCCAUUGUUCUUCCACCCUAUUGCUGAAUGGACGGGAUUGGGUCUAUUCAGUGUUCAGCUCCGUUUUGACGAUGCCACUUUCGAUAAAGAUAUCUUCUAUUUCUGCCAUAUUCAUGAACUGAUGUCUGGUCGAAUCAAACUACUCAAUAACGGAAACUUGGUGAACGAUAACGCUGAUCCCGUUCUCGGAUACACUUACGACGAGCCUACCGGCUUCGACGCCGACUGCGGUACAUUCAUGCUCAACGAGUUCCAGCUUCCCCACCCUGAGUGUCCGGAUCGAUUUGUAUGUGGUGCUGAUAAAGUUGGCGGUCCAUUCGAAAAGUUCGCCAGCUGCAUUGAGGCUAUGAAUUGCCAUAUGACUGCAGGUAUGACUACCGGGGUUAGCGCACAAAGUGAGGCUGCCCUAUUCAUCCAUCAAAUGAUCCCCCAUCAUCAAAAUGCGGUGAAUAUGGCGAAGGCUCUGCUCAAGACCGGCAACCUCAUUUGCGGCGAUUUGUCAGACGACGAAUCCCCAGACUGCGUCUUGGAAGGUAUUCUUCGCGAGAUUGUGAAUGGACAGAAUUUUCAAAUACAGAGCAUGCGCGGUGUGCUUGAAACCCUAGAGUAUCCAGCGGUGGACGACUGUACUGUUGAGAUUUCCCAAGAGGAAUCAAAUAGCGAUGUCACAACUUCUCGUCUUAACGUGCUUGCCUCUCUUGCAUCCCUGGUGGUUCCUAUUCUUGCUGGUUUUUAAUGUAAGAAGAAAGAGUGCAAUUUUCCUUUAUGCAACCACGCCUUAUACCACUAGUGCUACUAUUUUGAGAGGGUCGACGUUUCUCUCAAUUUAUAUAUAGUCAAAACAGCAAUGAUUGC